AUGUCUAAAAGAUCAAAGCAUCAACCUUCGUCUUCAUGCAAUGAUCAAUGGAAUUUAGAUACUACAAAAGAUGUUCCCGGCCCGAUGUCAAGGAUUCCGUUUUCAGAUAUUACGAAUGUUUCUACUCCGAACAGCACGCAAAAUGAGGCUAAAGAUAGACGUAUAAAACGAAAAUUAUACUUGGAUACUCGGAAAUCUCAUAAUAUGCAUGUACAUUCAAAUUAUGCAAUGAACAUAUUGUCAAGUAGUAUUCCAACAGAUGUUUCCGGCUCCAUGUCAAGGAUUCCGUUUUCAGAUAUUACCAAUGAUCUAACAUCCAUUCAAUGGUUCUUAACGUUUACAGUUUCUACUCCGAACAGCAUGCAAAAUGAGGCAAAAGAUAGACAUAGAAAACGAAAAUUAUACUUGGAUUCUCGGAAAUCUCAUAAUCUUCAUGUACAUUCAACUUGUGCAGCCAACAUGUUGUCAAGUAGUAUUGCAACAGUUAUACCAAUUGUUACCCAAGAAGAGUACAAAAGGAGGCGUAAACUAAGAAAACUAUAUUUGGAUAGUAAACGGUAUACUUUGAAACGCGUUGCAUCGCAAUCCGCAAGUAAUUCAACACCAAAUACCACUUUGACGUCCACUCCAUAUAACACAUUCAAUGCUACAACUGAGGUGCCGAUUACAUGCGCAGAGAGACGUAGAUUAAGGAAGCUAUAUUUGAGUAAUAAAAGAUCUAUCACACCAAGCGGAUCAAGCUCCAAACAAAACUUAUCUUCAUCUGCUGAUCCUAAAUCCAUAGACCCCAACAUGCACAAUGUUACACGUACCCCCUCGGUUUUAGCUACAAGUAAUGUUGGUUGUGUUAGAAGUAACUCUGCUCAUCAUACAAAUAUUGUUCGCUUUUCUUUAUCUUCAAACCUCAAGUCUACAGAAAAAACUAUAGUUGAAGAUCCAUACAAAGGUGUCUCACAAGAAUAUUUGGACCAUGGUGAUCAGUGUGUUACAUGUGACGUACGUAAUGCAAAGUUAUGGGAUUCAGAAAAAGGCAGGGGUAAACACCAGGAUGGAAAAACGUCCUAUUCCUUAUGUUGUGGAUACAGCAAGGUUGAGCUUCCGGAUUAUAAAGACGCACGGCCAAAUUAUGAAAAACUUUUUCGGUGCGUUGAUGAAGAAAGCAAGCACUUUUUGAAGAACAUUCGACGUUAUAACUCUAUGUUUGCUUUUACUUCGAUGGGUGGUAAGGUUGAUCCGACUGUGAAUAGAGGUAAUGCCCCCUUUUGCAACCGAAUCAGUGGUAAAAACUAUCAUACCAUUGGGAGUCUCUUGCCAGAAAAUGGAUCAAAACCUAAAUUUUGCCGGCUCUACAUAUACGAUACUGAGAAUGAACUUUCAAAUAGGCAAUCCAUAUUUAGUUCUUCAAAGGAUGCAUCUUCGUCGUCUGUUGCCGCCCUUGAUCGUCAAUUGAUUGAACAUAUAAAGGAUGUUUUAGACACAGACAAUCAGCUGGUUAAAACUUAUAGAAUGGUCAGAGAUUCUUUUCAAGAGAACCCGCAAGUAUCUCUAAAGUUACGCCUUAUUGGAAGAAGGGAGAAAGAUGGUAGGACGUAUAACCUACCAAUGGCUAGCGAGGUCGUUGCUCUUAUAGUUGGAGAUCUUGACAGCGCAAUUGACAGUAGAGAUAUUGUUGUGGAAACCCAAACAGGUGAUCUAAAACGAAUAAGUGAAUUGCAUCCUUCUUAUCUUGCUCUUCAAUACCCGAUUUUGUUCCCUUAUGGGGAUGAUGGUUAUAGAGUUGACAUCCCUCAUAGAGGUGUCGUAGAUGUUACUAAUAAGAAGCGGCCAAAUUGUACUAUGAGAGAAUUCUUUGCGUACCGUGUUCAAGAUAGGAUUAAUCAAUUUUCAUUGAUUCUUAAUUCAAGGAGACUAUUUCAACAAUUCUUGGUUGAUGCAUACACGAUGAUUGAAACUGAGAGACUCAACUAUAUACGUCAUCAGCAAAAGAAUCUUAGAUCAGAUACAUAUGAUAGUCUUCAAAAGUUAAAAAACAACGGUCAACGAGAUAUAUCUAAAGCUGGUAAAAGUGUGAUGUUGCCGUCUUCAUUUACCGGCAGUGCUAGAUAUAUGAUGCAAAACUAUUUAGAUGCCAUGUCUCUAUGCAAGUGUUUUGGUUAUCCCGACUUUUUUAUAACCAUCACAUGUAACCCAAAAUGGCCGGAGGUAACAAGGUUUCUUAGAGACACCACACUUAAACCUGAAGAUAGACCAGAUAUUCUGUCAAGAUUAUUUAAGUUGAAAUUGGAUGCUAUUUGCAAAGACUUAAAGGAACGCCAUCUAUUGGGAAAAGCUGCCGCAUUUGUUUACACGAUCGAGUUUCAAAAACGUGGAUUGCCUCAUGCACACUUAUGCUUAUUCAUGGAGGAUGGAUAUAAAUUUCCUACAGUGGACCAUGUUGAUGCAUUUAUAUGUGCUGAGAUUCCAAACAGAAAUGAGGACCCGGAGUUAUACACACUUGUGAAAGACUAUAUGAUUCAUGGUCCAUGUGGUCUUGCUAACCUAAGCUGUCCAUGUAUGGUUGAUAGAAAAUGUUCGAAAGGCUUUCCAAAAAAGUUUGAAGAUCAUAUGACAUUAGAUUCAAAUGGAUUCCCAGUGUACAGAAGAAGAAACGAUGGUGCGACAGUUAUAAAGAACCGCAUUGAGCUAGACAAUAGAAGUGUUGUACCAUACAACAAAAAGCUGUUGAAAAGGUAUCAGGCGCACAUAAAUGUUGAGUGGUGCAAUCAAGCUGGGUCUAUCAAAUAUUUGUUUAAAUACAUCAACAAAGGACCUGAUAGAGCAACUGUUGUUGUUGUGCAAGGGGAUAACCAAAACGAAGAACCAUCAAAAGAUGAGAUAAAAGAGUAUUAUGAUUGUAGGUACAUCUCGGCAUGUGAGGCAUCUUGGAGGAUAUUCUCUAAUGAAGUACACUAUAGGUAUCCUUCUGUUACAAGGUUACCUUUCCAUCUUCCAGGACAACAAAAUGUCGUUUUUGGUCCUGACGAAGAUAUAAAUUCCGUCCUUAAGAAACCAUCUGUGAAAGCGUCAAUGUUUUUGUCUUGGAUGGAACGUAACAAAGACCCGAAUGACACAGUGGCCCGUACCCUUACUUAUGUUCAGUUUCCAAUUUUUUAUGUAUGGAAGAUUGAAAAUCGUUGCUGGGAACCUAGACAAAAGGCAAAAGCGAUUGGCAGAGUUCACUCUGUACCCCAUUCUUUUGGUGAAGCAUAUUUUUUAAGGAUUCUUCUUAACAAAGUCAAAGGGCCAAAAUCGUUUGAGGACAUUAGAACCGUUAAUGGUCAUGUACACGAUACCUUUAGAGAUGCGUGUUACGCACUUGGUCUUUUGGACGAUGACACGGAGUACAUUGAAGCAAUCAAGGAAGCAAAUGAAACAGCAACAUGUUCAUGUGUUUUGUUUGCAAUGAUGUUGUUAUCAAAUACUUUGUCUAGACGUGAGGUGGUAUGGGAAAGCACGUGA